AUGGCUGCUACCAAGCUGCUACUGCUCCUUUUCUCAGUGGCCCUGUUGGGCCUGAGCUCAGCUCAAUUUGCAAAUGAGGAAGAUGCCCAAAGUUCAGAAGAUUCAUUAGCCCCCCAAGCACCAAAUGACUCCCAGGAGCAAGGUGAGAAACAAGGUCAAAAACCAGGAGGUGGUCAGCAAGGAGGUCAUCCAGGUGGUCAGCAAGGAGGUCGUCCAGGUGGCCCUCAGGGAGGUCAGCCAGGAGGCCCUCAGGGAGGUCAGCCAGGAGGCCAGCAAGGAGGUAAGCCAGGAGGCCCUCAAGGAGGUCAGCCAGGAGGCCAGCAAGGAGGUCGUCCAGGUGGCCCUCAAGGUGGACAACCAGGAGGCCAGCAAGGAGGUCAACCAGGAGGCCAGCAAGGAGGUCAACCAGGAGGCCAGCAAGGAGGUCGUCCAGGAGGCCCUCAAGGAGGUCAACCAGGAGGCCAGCAAGGAGGUCAACCAGGAGGCCAGCAAGGAGGUCAACCAGGAGGCCAGCAAGGAGGUCGUCCAGGAGGCCCUCAAGGAGGUCAACCAGGAGGCCAGCAAGGAAGUCGUCCAGGAGGCCCUCAAGGAGGUCAACCAGGAGGCCAGCAAGGAGGUCAUCCAGGAGGCCAGCAAGGAGGUCAUCCAGGAGGCCAGCAAGGAGGUCGUCCAGGAGGCCAGCAAGGAGGUCAACCAGGAGGCCAGCAAGGUGGUCAGCCAGGUGGCCAGCAAGGUGGCCAGUAA